AGUAGAUCUUUAGACAAACGUCCUCGUGAGUUCAGUUCCAUGAAUAGGCUUUUAUCAGUAAUUACUGAUAAAUUACUGAACGUAAUAUACGUAAUAUACGACCAUAAUAGCAUUGAUUCAGUAUAUAAAGUGCCUUGUAUUAUCAGAUAUAGACGUUACUGACGGAACUAGUUCUUUUGUCGGAUGUACAUGUGCGGUCGCGUUUAGUUGCUUCCAUAUCUGGCACGCGCUGUGCAAGUUCAUUUGAGGUUUGAUUGAUGGACUGUAGGCGGAAACUACAUGUUGUAAACUUUGUACGCUGGUCGUAAAGGGCUAGUUUUGGAGGUUUGUUUUUGCAGUUUACAAGCGAACUGAAUUCUGUUUUUCACACAGAAAUAUAUCCGUCCCUAAAUAAACUGCAUUUACCAAGCGGAAGACGCGGGUUUAGUUUAGUUGUCAGUUGAGUUGCGCUAAUGUUUCUUAGCCUAGCAUUUGUGAAGUAAGUUCAGUAUCAGGUAAAGCGAUCUGAUCUGGGAUCUGCUGUAAAUACUCCUCAUCUGCCACAUACUGCUGUAGUGCUGGUCGCAGGUCAGGGAUGUUGGGGGGAAACGGGGCUACCAGGGGUGCUGGACGUUCCGGUAACGGCCCGGGGUUGACACCGCUACAGGUGGGCAGCACAUCUGGGGCUUUAGGGGCUGUAAACUCUGCCAUAAACCUGCCCGACGGGGGCCGAUAUGACGACAGGCCGUCUGAUCAUCAGGCUGUGCUGCUCAGCGCCUCCGACGGAGACUCGGAUUCGGGGGAUGAAGAAGAGAGUUCAGUGGCGGACAGGAGAGGAGUGAAGCGGGAGAGGAGUGAGAUGGAGGUCGGGGUAUCGUCUGCUGGUGGAGGUCUGUCCGCUGGGUAUGGAGGAGUGUCCGGCGGGGUAGCUGGGGCAAAACCAGGCAAGAAAACGCGUGGACGGGUGAAAAUUAAGAUGGAGUUUAUUGACAACAAGCUGAGGAGAUACACGACCUUCAGCAAGAGGAAGACUGGCAUCAUGAAGAAGGCAUAUGAACUGUCCACCUUAACGGGAACACAAGUUUUGCUCUUGGUUGCCAGCGAGACAGGCCACGUCUAUACGUUUGCCACGCGGAAACUUCAGCCCAUGAUUACCAGUGAGACCGGUAAGGCCCUCAUCCAGACCUGCCUAAACUCCCCUGAUUCACCACCCCGCACUGACCCGUCAACAGACCAGCGGAUGAGUGCCACAGGAUUUGAGGAGACCGACCUCACCUACCAGGUGUCAGAGGCGGAUGGUCUCCCAGAGCCAAAGGAAAUGAUGAAGCCAACAUAUACUGCUGCUAGUUUACUCGGAGCCACUAACACCAGCAGCACGACCACACAGUCAUCGGCCUCUUCCUCUCCCUCUUCGUCCUCAGUUGCCAUGCAGUCUCAGAGCAGCGCCACCUGCUGGCCGGUGACUGCAGGGAUGAACGCUCAAAGCGUCUCCAGUGCAAACGGAACAGUGCUCAAAGCCACGGCCAGUUCUCCCGCUGGAGUCAUGCAGCUGCCUGGAUUCACGCUCAUGCCCGGAGCUUCUCUUCCGCCUGGCACACACACUAUCCCUUUCAGUCAGCUGCAGACACACUCUCUGGCCAUACAGUGUCCACAGACGCAAAACAGCCACACCAUGGCUAACGCCACCGCCGCUGUCUCUGUCUCUGCUCAUGCACAACCCACCACACAGACAACAUUCUUCCGCUUGCCGGCCACUGUCUCGCUUACAGGUGGUGCGAUGCCUCAACAUUUACAAGCCAUCCAGGUUCAUCCCAGUCCUCAAAGCGGUGACAGCAGCCCAGAGAUCAGCCAGACCUCCACCACAUCCACUGUAAGUCACACCACUACUAUAGUCACUUCCUCAGUGCCUUCUUCAGUGGCAGGUCACAUGAUGUACCCCGGAGCACAUGCAAGUGUCAUGUAUGCUACAUCCACCCCUGGACUCACUGAUGGGGGUCUAACUGUGCUGAAUAGCUUCCCACAAGCACCCACUGCAAUGCACGUGUCCCACACGCCGGGCCAAGACUCAGGUGCAGUUCCUCAGAUGUUUCUCACUGGACCUCCUGGAACUGUACAGAUCCCAGUUUCAGCUGUUCCGCUACAUUCGAGGUCAUGUGUGAACUGGACCCAUUGUUGAAAUCAGCUCAAGCUGUUUGCCAGCUUAAAGUGUCACGAAAAACCCCUUGUUGAGCACCAAUCGUUCACACCUCAGACCGAAGAAAGACUCAUGAAAUGGGUGUGAACACGUGUAAAAAUGUGGGAGGACAGGAGGGGAUCAAGAGCUACUUCCAAAACACACACACAACAGAGUUGGCUGAACAACACAUUAUGAGUGGAGAUGAAAACAAGAGUUUUGGGGAACUUUGCUGUUUAUCAAUCAUGGGACAAAAGUGCGAAAGUGAAGAUGAUAGAACAGUCUGCAAAUCUGCUAAAAGAUUUGGAUGUUUGUUCAAACUUUUGAGAAUGAAGUGUGAACAGCACUCAGAGCCGAUAUUACCAUCAAAAGCAGCACUGCUUUGAGACUUUACAUUAAUUCAUAGAUAUUUAUUCUUACACGGAGUGUUUCGGGUUUAAUACAAGUAAACUCUAUUGUCAGCAUUUGUAGCAUAACGUUAAUUACCACAGCAUAUAAUUUUGAAUCGUCCCUCUUUCUAAAGACUACUGCAUGCAGUAAGGCACAUACAAAGAAAGUAAAUGCGUCCAAUACACAAAACAAUAAAUACGUACUGUUUUUCAAAAGUAUAGCCACAAAUACCCAAGCGUAAUUGUGUUAACAUCACUCUAGUGUGAUAAAAUCUCUUACUACCCUGUCUGUGUAAAGUUAUUCAGCAUUUCAACUCAUUGUCAUGACGACGUAACGCUGGUAAACCAUUUAGACGUAAAUCCCGGAAACUUUCGCACUGUGUAAAGGAUACAAAAAAUGAGCUGACAUGAGUUUUGUUUUUCAUCAUUGUCUUCUAUUUUUAAACAAGCCGUCAUGUUUUCCUGUCCAUGAUAAGACACAUGACGAGAAGUGAUGGAAUUAGCUCUAGGUCUAAAGAACAAGCCUCCCUUCAUAACAGCUGCUUCUUGUCUGCAUCCAAGUAACGCUCAUGCCAGUCCAGUUCUGACAGGUGACUUCGAUCUCACAAUGCUGUUUAGUGUAAAGGUCCGCUCUCUUCUGUUCUGAGUGAUGUUUUGAAAUUGCGCCGGCCAGGAACUUCUGUCACAUCUAUGUGAAUUUUGAAUUCUCCGCAGUAAUGCCAGCUCAUACAUGAAGCAGUGCUGUGAUUGGAUGGAAGCGUUGCUUUUCAUGAAUAAUGUGGAGAAACGCUCAGGAUCUACUUAGUACAUGUGUACUAACCUCCCAAACAUAAUUCAGAGUUUACACACAUACUUCAUUUUAGUGAUGUUGCCUCAACUUUCGUUUCUUAAACCGGAAAAACGAAAUGGCUCAAAAAAACAAACAAAACAAAGAACCAAUUUCCCCAUAUUUAUAAACAUAUUGAGUGUUAUCAUUGUUUUCACUUAUAUGCAUCCUGUGCAUAUCUGUUAACAUCUCAAAAAAUGUGUUCUGGGGUUUCAUGACCCUUUAAAGGAAUCUUCAGGGUUCAACACAAGUCAAAGGUUAAGUGUGUAAUUUCUGUGCCACUAGCAGGUUCAAAUGGAACCGCAUUCUGUUUGUUUGAGUGGGCCGAUUGGGCUGGACAUAACAUUAGCUCAACCAAUUACAUACUUUUGGGGUGGGACUAUCUGCUUGCCCAAACAAUGGAAGGAGGGAGUGUUUAAAAACCUUUUUGAAAACAGUUAUUAUUAUAGAAUCAUGUUACUACAGUAUACCUACAUUUUUGAAAAAAUAUUUUUUACGUGGCACGUUGUUCAUAUUGUUGCACUUUCCUAGUGAAAUGAACAUUGGGGUGCUCAUUUUCAUGUCAUUUUCAGGAGAUCAGUCUUUGCAUUUCUGUUUGGACUCGCUAGCGGUACAGAAAUUUCACACGGAAGUCACUUUCAAAUAUACUUUUUUUUGGGCAGGUAUAGUUAAUGGUUUGAAUGGCAGGAUAGUUCUUCCAAAUAUUCUAAUUAUAUCACUUUCCAACUCCAUUUCCAUUCCUUGCAUUCAAGAUGGAUAAAAGUGCAUAAUAAUCCAGUUCAUCUAACAGUUGUGUUUCUGUCCUCUCAGAUGUUAAUAAACCAGCAGCCCCCUGGUAGCAGCGGUGCCACCCUCACAGAGCUGCGGGUGGUUAAUUUAGACAAUCCCAAAGGAGACUGACCCAUAAAUAUGCAGCCUGUGUGAACACCCCCUCACACUGAUUUUCCAAGGAUCACCCAUGCCACGCAAUCAGACUGCCAUUAUAUUUAUUACUGCCUUCUCGCUGCAUUGGGUUCAAUAAGCCCAUAACAAACGUCAAUUAUGAGGUGUAAUGGGACAUAUGAGAUGAUUGCAUCUCCUUGUGGACUUGUUUUGGUGGGUAGUGUAAUAAUGGAUCGUAUUGGUGUAUGUGUAAACAUACACAUCUAUAUUUCAGGAUGACAUAGAGACGUUUGUACUAUGGCUGCUGGUACUGGGCAUUCACCUUUUGCGCCAAGUCUCAGAUUUUAAAGGGUGGACAGGGUGAAUUUGAUUGUUCAGUUCAGUGAAAAUUCAGUAGUGUUCAUACAUGUUCACCACACCCAUUGACGUCAUUUUUUUACGCUUUGCACCUUCCACACAUUUUGGGAUAAUUUUUAAGAUCAUUGAACCUUCAUUGAUCAAAAUAUUAAUUAUUUUGAAGAACUCAAACUCAGCUAGCUGGCCGUGACUCUUGGUAAUCCAAUCAUCUUUUACUCAUCGUCAUGUUAUUGACUUUCCAUUUGAAAACUGUAUGACUUUCUAUCUUUGGAACAUAAAGGGAGAUGCUUGCGUAGCUCUUUUACAUAAAAUGAAAAUUAAUGAAGACUGGGGAUAUCAAGCUCCAAAAUGGCUAAAAAGCACCAUAAAAACAGUCCAUACAACUCAUGCACUAUAUUCUUCUGAAGACAUAUGAUCUGAUAUAAAAAUAUGGGCUACUGUUGUGAUACUUUAAUGGUGCUUUUUUGUUAUUUUUGGAGCUUGACAGCAUCCGUGCUUAUUUAUUUUUGUUGUAAGAUCAGUGGGUGCAUUCUUUAAAAUGUCUGCGUUUCAUAGAAAAAAGUGAGUCAAUUGGGUUUGGAGUGACAAGUGUGAGUAAAUGACAUUUUUCAUUUUUGGGUUUACUAACCCUGAAAUAUGCUUUAAAAUGUCCACUUGCACCACCAUCAAUACUCACUAGGGGCUACGGUUUGAUUACCGCUUUAGUACGCAUUUUCUAUUCAUGGAUAAA